UCAGAUAGUGUAUUUCCCCGCAUGAGCUUUUAUGAUGUAGUACCUAUGUAUGUACUGUAAUUCGUACUUUUGUGAAGUAUUAAAUACGCAAAAUACGGAGCAUAAAUACUUGCACGUUUUCAUGUUUUCGUACCUUCAGUGCAGUACCUAACAUUCAAUUAUGGGAAACAACGUCCUUCAAGCAAACCAACUCCACUAUCGACCCGCCAGUUGCCCACCUACUAAUGUACCAACUUCCAAGCCUCAUCCCACUUCCUGGAACUUUCCAUACAUAGUCGACAUUGGACAACCACCAAAACACCAAACCUUACCUCAUUUAUGAUUUCCCCCAUCUUCCCUCCCCUCCAAUCACGCUGAGCUGAGACCACACCACACGUACCUUUGACCCCAAACUUCUUAACUACCGAAAUCCGACCUCAUCUUCUACUAGGGGUUUCGACCGAAUCGGCCGUCUGGUCCCCUAAGCCAACGAGGCGCAAGCCUCUGACGCAAAACCUCGAGCUAAACUGCUAUAAACUAUAAACUAUAAACAGUCACGAAACAAACCGCCAAAACGGCGUCCACCGACCAACAACAGGUCCCCGCGACCGGCGGGGGCGCGGUUCCAGCGGCACACACGUCGCCGAAUCAAACCUCGACAUCUUCGACAGCAACCUCUCCGCGCGGGAUGGCUGGCCUAACCCGUCCCAUCCUGCAGUCCAUGCCCGACACGCGCCAGCAGUCGUUCGAGGAGAUCUACGGGCCCCCGGAGAACUUCCUUGAGAUAGAGGUCCGCAACCCGCGCACGCACGGCACGUCGCGCAACAUGUACACCGACUACGAGAUCGUGUGCCGAACCAACAUCCCAGCCUUCAAGCUACGGCACUCUUCGGUGCGCCGGCGCUACAGCGACUUCGAGUACUUCCGCGACAUUCUCGAGCGCGAGAGCGCCCGCGUCACUAUUCCCCCGCUCCCCGGCAAGGUCUUCACAAACCGCUUCUCCGACGACGUCAUCGAGGGUCGCCGUGCUGGGCUCGAGAAGUUCCUCAAGAUCGUUGUUGGCCACCCGCUGCUCCAGACCGGCAGCAAGGUCUUGGCUGCGUUCGUGCAGGACCCUAAUUGGGACCGCAAUGCCUGGUGACUGCGACUCUUUGACUCGUGGCCUACCAAUAACGCGUCGCAAAAUCCCAGCGGCCGUCGCAUAUCCAGAAAGCUGCGGAAGAGACCGCCUAAACAACUCGUAGAAACUCACCUGCAGGGGGUAGCAUCGAAACGUAGUAGCUGGGAGACGGAGACGACAUUACGAUGAGAAACGAAGGAAACGUCUACAUCACUGGCCUGAGCUUUACGGAUACGGGGUUAAAAGACUUAAUUGCGUACAUCUAUUUCAUGACGCCUGCGUGGACAUAGCUGACUUGAUCGAGACGCGGUUUGAAGCCGUCCGACAGAAAAUGAUGAUCAAAUUUCUAGUAGUCGAGAAAGACUUAUUUUUCGUCGAUUUUACUCAUUAAUAUAAUUUCCGCUUUCUAUUCUU